AUGAAAUUAUUUAGAGCUUUAACCAAGUCUGGUCUUAUUUAGAAAAUUCGUUAAGCUACUGGAAGUGAGAUUUCCACUGCUACUAAAUAUGGCGAAAAUAUUUCUAAGCAUAGAAGUCUUAUGAGUCUCUAUGACUUACAUCCUCAAAUUGGAUAUCAAUCUUACAUCGCUCCUAAUUCCACUGUCAUAGGUGAAGUUACUAUUGGAAACGAAACUACUGUCUGGUACAAUAGUGUAAUUAGAGGUGAUGUUAACGCUGUUCAAAUUGGUAAUAAUGUUAGCAUUGGUGAAAAUGUCGUAAUCCACACUGCUGGUUCUCUCCCCACUGGCUAACCUGCCUCUGUUGAUAUUGGUCACUAUGUUAUUAUUGGUAGCAAGUCUACUAUUUACAGUUGCACCAUUCAAGACGAAGUUGUUAUUGGCUAAGGUUGUGUCAUCCUCGAAGGUGCUAGAAUUGAAAAGGGAGCUAUGAUUGCUGCUAACUCUGUUGUACCUCCUGGUAGAUUAAUCCCUGCUGGUACUUUAUGGGCUGGUAAUCCUUGCACUUUUGUUAGAAACUUGACUAAAUCCGAAUUAGCUACUAAUAUUGAUCAUGCUAAAAAGUAACUCCAUCUUGCUUAACAACACAGAUAUGAAUAUUUACCCUACAACUCUGCUUACUUACAAAAGAGCAACAGCGAAGAAGAUCUCAAUCCCACCAAAUACGACGACGUCACUAUUAAUUAUAACUUCGGAGAUGAAGAAAGAGCUCAAGAAAAUCCUUUAAAAUACUGA